AUGUUCAUUCCCAUGGCAUCUCCCGUGGUGGUCUUGAAUCUAAUAAAUAGCAACGUACCAGCCAUGGCAGUCUGCAAAUGCUGUAAUCUGGCGAAUCUCGAGGUCGAGUUGAACGCGCUCUUCAUCACCUUCUGUCCCUCCUCAGAGUCCAGCCAGAUCUUGGCUGCACCGGUACGGGCCAAUGUUGGAAACGAGAUACAUGGACCUCUGGUCAUUCCGUCGUUGGUCAACACAGUCUGCACACCGCCACCGGCAUUGAUUGCUUUGCAACCUCUCAUGGUCGAUGCAACCAGACAUCCUUCAGUGGUGGCCAUUGGAAUGUGGUAUGGCACCUUGUCGAUGAUCAUAGGACCGGCCACACCAACAGGCAAUGGCAUGAAUCCAAUGACGUUUUCACAACAGGCUCCAAACACACGGUCUCUCGGUCAAGUGAGCAUUGGUAGCAUUCAAAAGAUAGAUGUUGAUCGACACACUGAUUCCGGCAAGAACAAAAAGGAACUUUCCAACCAAUGGAUCAGAAAUUGCGGUAGACAUUCUUCCGAAGAUGUGGAAUGCAAAGUCUUCAGCUUGGGUGAACAGAUCAACCUUGCUGUAGAUUCUUGUUGGCAUCACAGUGACAAGAGUACCAUGUUUUCCGAUAGGAACAUUAAGAGCAACAGAUUUGGACAAGUUAAGCAAGGUGGUUCCAAUGGCAAGAGCAAACAGGAAUGCGAUACCAGAAGAAAGAAGCGAGCCAAACGCAAGCCAGAAAUUGGAUCCCAAUUUCUUCAUCUCGAAGAAAAGCUGGGCAAAGGUGAACCACAUGGCACCAUAAGCCACGGUGACCAAGAUGAUGUCAAAUGGUUCUGCUCCCUUGAUGAGGCUUCCCACUUUGGAGAAAAGAGACUUGAUGUACUCGUAGUAUCUUCCAAUGCGAUGGGAACUUCUGAGCUUGAACUCAGUGUCGUGGGAUCCACUCAGGGUCUCGAGUUGUUCGUACAAUGA